CUCGUUUGAUCCACUUCACUCUCCGACGCAAAGUUUCCCCGUCACUUCAACAUCGUUCAUUUGAAUGCUCAUGCACCGGUGCGGUUUCGGUCCAGGAGGUUAUUUUGUUUUUUGGCCUUCAAGGCAGAAAGUUACGGACGUUCCAUGGCCAUACGUUUCGGAAUUUGAGAUUCCACGUUGAAACUCCUCGCUGAUCGAGGAAAUUCGAAAGAACCCAGGCGAGAACGCGCUGUCACGAAGAUCAAGAUAGAUCUUGGAGAUUCAGAAAAGAAAAGAUGGAUCACUGAGGGUCUGUGAAAUUCUCGAACUUGUAAUCUUUGUCCUCCUACGUCAGCUAUGGCGCAUCCAGUUUCAAUUCUCGCUUCCCGCGGCUUGGCUGCCCAUGCUGGACCACUCGUUGCAUCCACAAGUGGCAAUUCCGUGACAGCAGCUCCGUCGAGUACUUGUGAUUCUUUUCGAAUUGGCCUUUGUUCUCUCGUAAGUUAUCGGUGGCGCAACGAUUCCGUUGCCAUCAGCAGCCGCAGGAUUUUGGAUACCAGAUUGAGGUCGGGAAGACCACGAGAGACCGUCGACUUUAUUCUGGCAGAAGAAGAGGAAGAAGAAGUUAGUCCGAAUGUGGUCCCAGCUCCUCCGCCAUCCACCGGCAGAAUCGACAUUGUUGUGGACAAAAGAGCCAUCCGAGAGCUUGACUUAUCCGCAGCUCAUGCCGUUCUCAGAAGAUUCGUACACCAAAUAGGUGAUAACAUGGCUGCUCCAUCCUCGGAUCCGACGGAGCUUUUCGAUCGAACUGUGGGUUUCGUGCUGAAGUACGAGAGGGAUGACCCUUUCGAUCCUCGGGAACUAUCUGAAAUGCCCGACAUAAGGUUGUGGUUCGUUCGCUUGGAUGCUGCAUACCCUUGGUUGCCUGUCGUCCUUGACUGGCGUGCAGGAGAGCUCGCCCGCUACACAGCUAUGCUCGUUCCCCACCAGAUGAGCAAGAAGUCAGGGCUGGUGUUUAAUCCCGAGGCCUUGGAGCUUUUUGUUAUGAACAAAGUUUUCGUUGUGCACCCAUGGCUGCGAGCUAGAGGUGUGAAAAGUCCGAACAAAAAAUUGACUAGCAUGUUGAGAAUGCUCGGUCUGAGUGUGAGUGAUCAGUUUUACGGCUUGCUCGGACAACACCCUCCGCCAGCGUGAAUUCACUAAACUGUGGUACAUACCACCUCAUGCUUCUAUUGUCUCGUUCGCAGCCCGCUUAAGCUCUUUGGAGCUUUCUCUGAAAUGGCUGGACAAGCUCAGUGGAGUAUGUUUUCCUGGGGUAGGCUGCUAACUUCCAAAUGGCGUUAGCAAAUCAUGGAUGCUAUAACACAUUACUGAAAGCCCAUAAAAACUCUGUAAUGUAUAGAGUUGUGGAAAUCUGUACACUAUGUUCUAAACUUAUCCAGUGAAUAAACUGAAGCCCUUUUCUCCUC